CGCGCUUCCGAGAAUGCCCUUCCGCUCUCACGCGGUCACGCCUCGAAAACCGCACGGGGGCCCUCGGGGAGGAGCAGAUUGUUUCUGUUGCGAGAGAGCGUCUCCUUCGUCGACCGUCGUGCGAGAGGCCGCGUCGAGCAGAGCGGGACAACACACCACACCACCGGACAACAUCCAUGGCAUCCACCUCCCUCUUCGGCUGCGCCAUCAUCGUUCUUCUCUGACGAGCGCGUGAGAGCUUCCUCUGAUCGACCAAGUGACGGACGAGCGAGUCCGUGCGGGAGCUUCCUCUAAUCAACUAAGCGACUAGUUCGUGGGUUCGGCGGCGGCGAUGGAGGCCUACUCCAAGGACAUGCUGCGCGGCGUCGGCGCUGGAGACGACGGCGAGGAGAAGGUGCAGCGUUCGGCGUCGAGGACGGAGGAGGUGGACCUUAGCCUCGGGCUGUCGCUCGGGGGCCGGUUCGGGGCGGAGAGGAGGAGCGGCGAUGGGCUCGCCGGGUCCUCGUCGGCCGUGUCCAUCCAGGAAGUGGCGCCGGCGCCGCCCGCGCCUGUCAUCAGGACGAACACGGCGCCAACUAUGGUGUACGCGGGGGCGGGGAGCAGCACCGCCACCGCCUUCCUCAGGAACGGCGCUGUGGUCCAGCGCUCGGCGACGACGCCAACUAUGGCGUACGCGGGGGCGGGGAGCAGCACCGCCACCGCCUUCCUCAGGAACGGCGCUGUGGUGCAGCCCUCGGCGACAGUACCGCAGGGCAGUGGCGUCCCUGUGAACGGCGUCGUCGUGGAGCCCUUAGCCUUGCUGCGUGCGACCGUGAGCGCUUUCCUUGGGAGCGCCGGCCAGGUCCGGCCCUCGGCGACCCCGGGGAGUUGUUUCCCUUUGACUUUGAGCAGCAUCAAGGAGGAGCCCGUGGCAAACAUGCCGUCACAAGGCUCGCCGGCCGGCCAAGGUAUCCUCACGAACGGAGGGAUCAGGAAUCAUGGUUCACUCCCUGCUGGCAUAGAGGGUUGGUUGAGGAUGAGGAAGUCCAAAAAUCUGAAAAGGCUCGAGACGAAGAGGAGGAUCCAGGGGUUGAAGCCUUCCAUGAUUCCUGAUGCAUCACAAGGUAGCUUCUUGCCACGGAUGCCGAAAAGGCAAAAUGCAGAUUUGAAAGGAACUCCUGGCGCUGAAGGCCGGAGCCUAUCAGCAGCUGUUAUGUCCUGGCCAGUGGGUACAAACGGCGUCGUGGCAACCGCUUCUUCUUCAGCAUCAGCGGUGGUAGCGGCAGCCCUUGGUUCUGGGGGAGAGCGGCAACAUGCUCCAGACAUGCCCGCGAUGAUGGUGCAGGAGAUGCCAUUGGUGUGGACCAUCGGGCUCCCCAAUGGCAGGAGGGCUGUAGGCUGGCUGUACGAGUACAGCAAAGUUGACGAGGUGAGGAUCAAGUGUGUGUGCCAUGGUAGCUUCUUCAAUCCGGCGCAGUUUGUGGAGCAUGCUGGAGGCGGCCAAGUCGCCAACCCGCUGAGGAGCAUCCUCGUCAAGCCCCCGUAUUGAAUUUAGACCGGCGCGGCCCAUCGCCCAUGCAUGCAUGCAGAUCGCCCAGCUGUUAAGCUUUAUUACCUUCAAACUAGAAACCUCAUCGUGAGACUGCAUCUUAUGUUUUACAGACAUUACAUUACAGUACUUAUUAUAAUAUCCUGAACUGAAGACGUGGUGGGAGAUUUGCUCCUGCAGACAACUAAAUAGCAACAUAAAGACAGAUUGAACAUUGCUUGUUGCUCUGGUCAUUGUUUCCUGUA